CAGAAUUAUCCGGCACCCUACCCCCCCUUAGUUCUUUACAAAAUAUCUCAGAAAUUCACAAGUCUAACACUGCAAUUGCACUGCAGUACUAAAAAAAAAUGGCAGCCCCAGAAGAAACCACCAUCCACAACCUAACCGGCACCUGGACUCUCAACUUCACCCACUCCGAUGACCCCUCGCCAGCACUAGAGCUACAAGGCGUAUCCUGGCUCGUCCGAAGCGCCAUCGCCUACGCCCCCGUUACACUCACCAUAACCCAAUCCGAGGACGGCACCGGAGUCACCAAGAUUGAGUCUACGCAGUCCACGCUCGGCCGGACGGUGUCGGAUGUACGGGUCUUGGACUGGGAGGCUACAGAGCAGCCGGAUCAUCUGCUGUUUGGUAGUUUGAGUAUGCGCAGCCGGUGGGCGGAGAGGAGUAGUUUGGAUGAUGGCUUCUUGGCUGGUGAUGCGGAUGUAAAGGCGGAUGGGGAGGAGGUGAUUGAGGUUCUUGUUACUGGGACUGAAUGGACUAACCAUCAGGUCUGGGGGUUUGAGGAGAUUGAUGGACAGAGAUAUCAUACGAGAAGGGGAACUGUUACCAAGGGCGAGCAGCGGGUACAGGUUCGUAUGGUGUAUGACUGGCAAUGUCAGGAGCAGUAGUAGAUUCAUAAACUUAUAGCUAUCUAUAAUCUAAAACCAACCUGCACACCAUAAUAACUACUCAAAACCAACCCCAUAUGCUCUCUCCAAGGCCUGCCAUCCCUACUCUCCAACCCACCCCCAAACCUCUGCACCAUCCUCACAACAACAUACGCCGCCUCCGUCAGCGCCUUCUGCUGCCCAAGACAGAUCCUCGGCCCCCCACUGAACGGCAGGUAUCCCCAUCCCGGCCUCAGAGGUGUCUUCUCGUCCAGCCACCUCUCCGGCCGGAACUGCUCCGCGUCGGACCCAUAGAUGGCUGCGGACCGGUGCAUCGUCCAGAUCGAGUAAUGCACAAUCGAGCCCUUUGCAACGAACACAGGCUGGGACCCGUCAGGGCCACCGCCGCGGGGGAGGGAGGUGUGUCGUGUUGCGCAGCGGAUGUUUGUCGGGACGGGGGGGUAUAGACGGAGUGCUGGAUUU